AUGGAGAUAAUGGCGGUGGAUGAUAUCGGAAUCGGAGUAGAUUUAUUCCCACCGCUCUCUCCUCUCACAUUCUCUCUCUACGACUCGUUCCUCACCUCUCACUGCUCGUCCUGCUUCUCUCUCCUUUCCCCAACCUCACCGGCCUCUCUCUACUGCUCCGCCGCUUGCUCCCUUCCCGAUCCUCCCACCGUUUCCCAAAUCCCUCCUGACAAUUCCCCGAUUCUCUCCUCCGACAUCCGCGCCGCCCUCCGUCUCCUCAAUUCCAUCUCCUUCUCCGCCGUCGUUGACACUGCCUCAUUGCCGCACCGAUUAGGUGGUCUUCUCACCAAUCACCACCGUAUCAUGGCUGAUCCUUCCUUCUCCAUCGCUAUCCAACGCGCCGCCUGUUACAUCGCCGCCGUUUCGAAGUCUGACCGGGAAAACACCGAGUUGGAGGAAGCGGCUAUCUGCUGUGUGCUAACGAACGCCGUGGAGGUGCAAGAUAGCACCGGACUUGCUCUAGGUAUCGCUCUUUAUGAUUCGAGAUUCUCCUGGAUCAACCAUAGUUGCUCUCCAACCGCUUGUUACCGUUUCGUGAUCUCUCCUCCGAACAGCAUCACGACUACUUCGUAUCAUCAUCACUCUCCGAAAAUCAUUCCUCGAAUCAUCAACACUGAAAAGGAACAAAUUAGUCUUUGUAGCAUCACUUCACUCUUGGAAGGAAAAACAGUUGGAUAUGGACCAAAGGUAAUUACUAGAAGCAUCAAGAAGAUCCAAAGUGGUGAAGAGAUCACUAUAUCAUACAUCGACCUACUGCAACCAACGGGAUUAAGGCAGUCAGAUUUGUGGUCGAAAUAUCGAUUUAUGUGUAACUGUAGACGAUGUGCAGCAUCACCUCUGGCUUAUGUGGACUCUGUUUUAGAGGGAGUUCUUGCUUUGGAGCCCGAGAAAACAACCGUUGGUCAUCAUCACGGAGCCACCAGCAAAGAUGAUGCAGUGAGAAAGAUAACUGAUGGCAUCGAAGAAGCCAUAGAUGGUUUUCUAUCAGACGACAUAAAUCCUGAAACAUGUUGUGAGAAGAUUGAGAAUGUGUUGCAUCACGGCAUCCAGAUCAAAGCAGAUUCCGAGCCUCCUCAUCAUCUGCGGUUACAUCCGAGUCACCAUGUUGCUCUGAACGCCUACAUUACUCUAGCUACUGCUUACAGAAUCCGUUCCACUGAUUCUGAAACUGACACGAGGAAGGCUUUCGACAUGAGCAGGAUAAGCGCAGCGUACUCUCUGUUCCUUGCAGGUUUGUCUCACCAUCUCGUCUCCGCAGAACCUUCUCUUGCUAUUUCUGCUGCAAGUUUCUGGAAAAGUGCUGGAGAAUCAUUGCUAGAUCUUGCCCGGAAGUUCUUGACGGAAGAAUAUGAUGUCGAGUGCAGUGAAUGUCUUAUGCUUGUUGUUGAAACAUACAACUCACAGAGAGAUGUCAAAGAGAACUUGAUGCAGAUUGUGAGGUGUGUCACUGACAUCUCACAAGUCGCAUGGAGUUUCCUCACUCGCGGUUGCUCUUACCUGCAAAAGUUUGAGAGUCCUGGUGAUUAUAGCUUUACGGUGACCAGUUGCGAGAGAGAAGAAUCGAGUGAGGACCAAAGGGGAAGAAACGUUCUCUUGCUCUCUUUUCAUUGCUUACUCUAUGCAGACCUUCUGACUUGUUUAUGUUAUGGUCGGAAGUCACAUUUGUUAAUUUGA